ACUAUGAGUGAGGGCGUGACCCAGCAGAAGGAAACUCAGAAUCUCAGCAGCGAGCAACCUCCGGCGAUUGUGUCCGCGGCAUCGGCGGCAUCUUUGAACGCCGCCACCGCCGCCAUACCUGCCAAUGUGGUGACCAUUCCGGUGCCCAUUCUGCAGUCGGAGGGCAACUUCGCCUACAUCACCGUCAAGGGAUCGCUGCACGAUUACACCUGCACCAUUUUUGGCCUGAAUCAGGCCGAAGUUCAAGCCCUGUCCAAGCGCUUCGAGAGCGGAGUUAAGGCGUGCGUCAAUGGUAUUAUGGUGGCAGUGCCACCGAUGGUUAUGCUAAACACUCUGGCCCAGCUGAGCUACAAGGUUGUCUGCAGUUGCGGAGAGGCCGAGAUUUGUUGGACCAUGCAGCGUGAGGUCUAAUUAGUUGGCCGG